AUUGGUCUACGAGCCUGGGGGUUUAAAACGUUCAAACGCAGGGCGGCUGGCUGAGCGGUGCGGUGCAGUUAGCGGAGGGUAAAAAGCUGACGUUGUCUCUACACACCGGCCCGUCACUCACGUCUCAUCGUCGCCUAAUCCUAUUAUAAUAAUAAUGGCCUCUCAGAACGUGGACCCGGCCGCCGCCAAUUCCGCGGCCCAGAGGAAAGGACGGGAGUCCGGGACUCAGGCUGCUCGGGGCUCUGUGGGCAAGAGGUUACAGCAGGAACUGAUGACAUUGAUGAUGUCUGGCAAUAAAGGCAUCUCAGCUUUCCCAGAGUCAGAUAACCUCUUCAAAUGGAUUGGCACAAUUGAUGGUGCUGUGGGAACAGUUUAUGAGAAUUUAAGGUACAAGCUUUCUCUGGAAUUCCCAAGCGGCUACCCCUACAAUGCACCAGCUGUGAAGUUUAUUACCCCAUGCUUUCACCCUAAUGUAGACAGUCAUGGAAACAUCUGCUUGGACAUUCUAAAAGAUAAAUGGUCAGCUCUGUACGAUGUUCGGACCAUAUUGCUCUCCUUACAAAGCCUUCUUGGAGAACCAAAUAACGACAGUCCCUUGAAUGCACAGGCUGCAGAGCUCUGGCAGAAUCAGACAGCAUACAAGAAGCAUUUACUUGAGCAAUACAAGAAGCACACCCAAGAAAAGGACAUUUGACCGGCUGGCUGUUGUGUUCUGUAUAUGAAUGCUGUAAUAUACGCUUAAGUUAAUAAGAGUUUGAUUGUUGUGUACAAAUAAAGUGAUUUUAAUUUUUUGAAUGUAUUGUUAAGGUUUUCAUGUCCCAUGUACAUUGAUCCUCAGUCUGCCUUUCCUGAAGUUGCAGUAGGAUUUUUUUUUAGUUGCUGACUUUGCCAAAUUCAUUAAAGAUUUAUAAUAACACA